CUGCCUGCCCACCCUGCCCUGCAAGGAGGGGCCGGGAGCCACCACACACGCAGCAGCUCCCUCCGCAGCAGGACGCGGGCAGGUUAAGCCUCGGAGGUGAAUCUUGAAAGGCUAGUCAGCUGCCUGACCCUACCCGGACCCCCGGCCUGGCACCAGGCAGUGACUUCCCAGGGUGACUCCUAAGGCGGACGAUGGCUGCCCCAGCGCAGGUGCAGACAGGGCCGCUGCUGCUGGGUCUGCUGCUCCUGGUUCAAGGUGCCCAUGCUGGGGGCUUCCGGGAGGACUUCUGCUUCUGCGGCCAGCGGAACCAGACGCAGAAGAGCAGCCUCCGUUACGAGCGGUGGACACAGCUGCGCAUCUCCGUGGAGAACUCGGAGGAGGCCCUCACAGUCCACGCCCCCUUCCCUGGAGUCCCCAGGGCUUCCCACUUCUUCCCCGACCCCAGGGGCCUCUACCAUUUCUGCCUCUCCUGGAAGCGCCACGCUGGGGAACUGCACCUGCUCUACGGCAAGAACGACUUCCUGCUGAGUAACCAAGCCUCCCGCCUCCUGUGCUUCCAGGGCCAGGAGCCGAUCCUGGCCCAGGGCCCCCGGAUGCUCGCCACCUCUGUCAGCUCCUGGUGGAGCCCCCAGAACACCAGCCUGCCCAGUGCUGUCGGCUUCACCUUCUCCUUCCAUGCUGGGUCUGUCCCCCCAGAUCCUCCCCACACGGCCUCCCACAAUGCCUCGGUGGACAUGUGCGAGCUGAAACGGGACCUCCAGCGGCUCAGCCAGCUUCUGAAGGCUCCGGGGAAGAUCCCCAGGAGGCCCUCGGCCACCCCCACCCACUCCAGCCAGCAGCUGCAGAGCCUGGAGUCGAAGCUGACCUCCCUGAGGUUCACAGGGGACACGGUGUCCUUCGAAGAGGAGCGGGUCAACGCCACCGUGUGGAAGCUCCAGCCCACAGCCGGCCUGCGGGACCUGCACCUCCACUCCCGGCAGGAGGAGGGUCCGGGGGAGAUCCUGGAGUACUCGGUGCUGCUGCCCCGCGCGCUCUUCCAGACCAAAGGCCGGAGGGGGGAGGCUGCCAAGAGACUCCUCCUGGUGGACUUCAGCAGCCAAGCCCUGUUCCAGGACAAGAAUUCCAGCCAAGUCUUGGGGGAGAAGGUCUUGGGUAUUGUUGUGCCGAACACCAAGGUCGCCAACCUCUCGGAGCCCGUGGUGCUCACCUUCCAGCACCAGCCACAGCCGAAGAACGUGACGCUGCAAUGUGUAUUCUGGGUUGAAGGCUCGGCAUUGACCGGCCCAGGGAGCUGGAGCAGCGCCGGGUGCAAGACCAUCAGCAGAGAGAUGCAGACGUCCUGCCACUGCGACCACCUGACCUACUUUGCAGUUCUGAUGGUGGCCUCCGUGGAGGUGGACGCCGUGCACAAGCACUACCUGACCCUCCUGUCGUACGUGGGCUGUGUCAUCUCUGCCCUGGCCUGCGUCCUCACCAUCGCCGCCUACCUCUUCUCCAGGAGGAAGUCUCGGGAUUACACCAUCAAGGUGCACAUGAACCUGCUGCUGGCUGUCUUCCUGCUGGAUGUGAGCUUCCUGCUCAGCGAGCCGGUGGCCCUGACAGGCUCCGAGGAUGGCUGCCGCGCCAGCGCCAUCUUCCUACACUUCUCCCUGCUCGCCUGCCUCUCCUGGAUGGGCCUGGAGGGCUACAACCUCUACCGACUGGUGGUGGAGGUCUUCGGCACCUACGUCCCUGGCUACCUGCUCAAGCUGAGCGUCGUGGGCUGGGGCUUCCCCGCCUUCCUGGUGACCUUGGUGGCACUGGUGGACAUUAACAACUACGGCUCCAUCAUCCUGUCUGUGCAAAGGACCCCAGAGAGUGUCAUCUAUCCUUCCAUGUGCUGGAUCCGGGACUCCCUGGUCAGCCACCUCACCAACCUGGGCCUCUUCAGCCUGGUGUUCCUGUUCAACGCGGCCAUGCUGGCCACGAUGGCGGUGCAGAUCGCGCGGCUGCACCCGCACACCCAGAAGUGGCCCCACCUGCUGACGCUGCUGGGUCUCAGCCUGGUCCUCGGCCUGCCCUGGGCCCUGGUCUUCUUCUCCUUUGCUUCCGGCACCUUCCAGCUGGUCGUCCUCUACUUCUUCAGCAUCAUGACCUCUUUCCAAGGCUUCCUCAUCUUCCUCUGGUACUGGUCCAUGCGGCUGCAGGCCCAGGGCGGGCCCUCCCCUCUGAAGAGCAGCUCGGACAGCACCCGGCUCCCCAUCACCUCGGGCAGCACCUCGUCCAGCUGCAUCUAGGUCGCCAGCCCGCCACCCGGUGUGAGGGAGCGGCGAUGCGGCCUCGCACCACUGCCGGCGCCCCUGCCGCCGGCCCCGGGACCUCAGAGGGCUGGAGCUGUCGCAUGGCGGCCGGACUCCCGGGCUGGGCCUUCUGAAUUGGCCCUCGGACCACCGGGCUCUUGGGCUCCCUCUCAAGGGGCGCAGGAGUGGGACCAUCCUCCUGGCCGCCCUCGCCUGGGGCUGAAGGCCGGGCUGAACUCGCCCGCCCUGGGCUCAGCCUUCGUGGCUGGGGGUCGGGAACCGCCGGCCCUGGAGUCAGAUGGUGGACCUUGGUGGCCUGGCAGAGGCUUUGGCCUCGUGCCUCUGCCCAGGACGGAAGUGGGCCGUGGCUAUCCUGUUUCUGGUGACCACCAGGAGGGCACUCUGCAGCCCCUGUCAUUUUAACCCAAGGGUGGCACCCAGAGUGAAAGGGAUUGGGGCCGAGCUUCAGACGUCGGCAGGAGGAGACUCCUACCUCCACCCCUACCAGCAGCAGCUGCUCUGCGGCUGAGCUCAAGGCUUUGUGCUCUGUCAGCUUCCCCACCCACCCUCUCCCCUCCCCUGUCCUCCACUCACAGCCCGGGGUCCCCAAUUCUAAUGGUGUAUUUUGGGGCGUGGUUCCCCAGAGCUGCCUGUGCCUGCUGUAAACCUUUACCUACUGCCCGGGCCUUUGCGGGCCCCUGACUCAGGCUUAGGAUAGGUGUUCUGGGCUAGUUCCGUUUGUCCACCGGGGCCUCUCUGUAAGCUGCAUCACCCUCGUUCACUGCCAAGCCCAUACCUCUCGGGGGACCUCAGCUGCCCCCAAGGCCCGCUGGUGGCAGGAACCGUGGCACGUGGUGGAGUAAGUCUGUUUCCACCCCAGCACCCUGCAGACGGAGGUGUAUCUCAGCUGGUGACACCGGCCUAGAGACCAUCGCAGUUCACUCUGCUGGACACAGAGGGUCAGAACUGGUCACCCCCACCCCCCUGUGACCUCCUAGCCUAGUGUGUGAAGUGUGCACGAGACCAGAGCUCCUGGAGCUACAGGCAUGGGGCUGGGGGAGCCAUCCGCCUGGCGGGAAAUCCAGGAAGACUUCCUGCAGGAGGCAGCAUUGGAUCUGCAUCUCAGCCUUAGAGAUGGGAUUUUCUUUGUAGUUACUAAUUCAUUUGCCUUUGAUAUUAAAAAGGAAGUGAUAUUCAUUGUAGAGAAUUUGGAAAGCGUAGAAGAGUGUAAAGAAGAAAAUAAAAGUCUGCUGUCGUCGUCACCUAACAAAUGGAUGUAAACAUUU